AAGCCCUUGAUUACUUUGUAACAAAAGUGUGCAAGUUAUUUCUCCGCCUCAGACUCUGCCUCUGGGCUGUCUCUCCCGUUCCAGAGCCCCGGUACCAGAAUAUUUAAAUCACUGUGGCGUUAAAUACGUUUUAAUAUCUGAUAGGGCCAGUUUCUGCGCAUUGCACUUUUUUUUUUUCCUUUCAGGAACGUGUUCGGGCCCGCGGCAGGGGGCGGGGUCGCGCCUCCGCCUCGGCUCUGGUUCCAGCCGAGCCUCACUGACGCCGCCGCCGAGAUGGAAAUCCCGAGGCUGCUCCCCGCUCGCGGGACACCACAGGGCGGCGGCGGCGGCGGCUGCUGCCCCGCGGGUGGCGGCGGGGUCCACCGAGCCCCGGACUCUCUGGCUUGUCAGGCCCCCACGCGCCGCCUCCUACUGCUCCGGGGGGCCCAAGAUGGCGGGCCGGGGCCGCGGAGCGCAGAGGCCCAGAGGGCCUCACGGGGCCUGGGCCCGAGCCCCAGCACGAACCGGUUGGCGCCCAGGCCGGAUCACCCGAGCCGCGGCGGCGGCGGCAGCGGCGGCGGCGGCGGCGGCGGAGGAGGAGGAGGCGGAGGCGGCGGCGGCGGCGGAGGAGGAGGAGGAGGAGGAGGAGGAGGCGGCAGCGGUGGCAGCGGCGGCGGCAGCAGCGGCGGCGGCGGCGGCGACGACUUCUUCCUGUUGCUGCUUGACCCGGUGGGUGGCGAUGUAGAAACAGUGGGCUCGGAGCAGGCCGGAGGAGGAGGAGGAGGAGGAGGAGGAGGAGGAGGAGGAGGAGGAGGAGGAGGAGGAGGGCGGCCGGUGUGGAGGGAGGAGGCCGAGGCAGGCCCGGGGCCCGAGCGGCGGCCCGAGAGCCGCGCGAACCCCGCGGGGCGGCCCGAGCCGGGCCCCCGCUGCCUGUCGGCCGUCCCGGCUGCGUCGCCGCUGCCCGCGGCGGGCCCGGGCCCGGGCCCCGCGGCGGCCUUCGCGGGCACCAUCACUAUCCACAACCAGGACUUGCUGCUGCGCUUCGAGAACGGCGUCCUCACCCUGACCACGCCCCCGCUGCCGGCCUGGGAGCCGGGGGUCGCGCCUUUCCCGCAGCUGCCGCCGCCGCCGCCGCCGGGGGGACUGAUCGCCCCGCAGGCCGGGUUUCCGCCCGCCGCCGCGGCGCAGCUGGGCGACUGCCCCGAGCUGCCACCGGACCUCCUGCUGGCGGAGCCGGCGGAACCCGCGCCCGCCCCGGCGCCUCCGGAGGAGGAGGCCGAGGCCCCGGCCGCCGCCCAGAGCCCCCGCGGGCCUCUCGUCCCGGGCCCGGGCGUGGUGCUGUACCUGUGCCCCGAGGCGCAGUGCGGACAGACCUUCGCCAAGAAGCACCAGCUGAAGGUGCACCUGCUGACACACAGCAGCAGCCAGGGCCAGCGGCCCUUCAAGUGCCCCCUGAGCGGCUGCGGCUGGACCUUCACCACGUCUUACAAGCUCAAGAGACACCUGCAGUCGCACGACAAGCUGCGGCCAUUCGGCUGCCCGGUGGAGGGCUGUGGCAAGAGCUUCACCACCGUGUACAACCUGAAAGCGCACAUGAAGGGGCACGAGCAGGAGAACUCCUUCAAGUGCGAGGUGUGCGAGGAGAGCUUCCCCACGCAGGCCAAGCUCAGCACCCACCAGCGCAGCCACUUCGAGCCCGAGAGGCCUUACCAGUGUGCGUUCUCUGGCUGCAAGAAGACGUUCAUUACUGUGAGUGCCCUGUUUUCUCAUAACCGCGCCCAUUUCAGGGAACAGGAACUCUUUGCCUGCUCCUUCCCUGGCUGCAGCAAGCAGUAUGACAAGGCUUGCAGGCUCAAGAUUCACCUGCGCAGCCACACGGGAGAGAGACCUUUCCUUUGUGACUUUGACGGCUGCGGCUGGAACUUCACCAGCAUGUCCAAGCUCUUAAGACACAAGAGGAAGCACGAGGACGACCGCAGAUUCACCUGUCCCGUGGAGGGCUGUGGCAAGUCCUUCACCAGGGCCGAACACCUGAAAGGCCACAGCAUCACCCACCUGGGCACGAAGCCUUUCGUGUGCCCCGUGGAAGGCUGCUGUGCCAGGUUCUCCGCCCGGAGCAGUCUCUACAUCCACUCCAAGAAGCACCUGCAGGACGUGGGCGCUUGGAAAAACCGUUGCCCGGUCUCCACCUGUAACAAACUCUUCACGUCCAAGCACAGCAUGAAGACCCACAUGGCCAAGAGGCACAACCUCAGCCAGGACCUCUUGGCCCAGCUAGAAGCCGCCAACUCCCUGACGCCCAGCAGCGAGCUCACCAGCCAGGGGCAGAACGAUCUCAGUGGUGCAGAGCUGGUGUCUCUCUUCUCCGAUGUGCCUGGCCACAGUUCUGCUGCGGUGCUGGACACGGCCUUGGUCAAUUCUGGGAUCUUGACUAUUGACGUGGCCUCUGUGAACUCGACUCUCGCGGGAGGUCUCCCUGCCGAUAAUAAUAACCAUUCCUUAGGGCAAGCGGUGGACCCCCGGGCCCUGAGGGCCCCCAGUGACCUUCCCCAGAGUCUGGAUACCUCUCUCUUCUUCGGAACCUCGGUGACUGGUUAUCAGCAGAGCCCCUUAGACAUGGACGAUGUCUCCGGCGGAAACGUGGGGCUCUUUGGCUCCUUGGCUCUGAAAAACUCAAGCCUGGAGCCCCAGGUUUUGACGCCCAGCAAUAAGUUAACCGUGGACACGGAAGCUCUGACCCCCUCCAGCACCCUCUGUGAAAACAGUGUCUCCGAACUACUGACCCCUGCCAAAGCCGAUUGGAACGUGCAUCCCGAGUCUGACUUCUUUGGGCACGAGGAAGAAACCCAGUUUGGAUUCUCCAAUCCAACAGGAAGCCAUGGUUCUCAGAAAGAAACAGAUCUGAUCACGGUGACUGGCUCCCCCUUCUUGGUAUGAACCCAUUCUGCCUGUGCCCUGCCGUGUGGCUCACUUUUGUGACGCUCCAAUCUGAGGAUGUUCGGGAUGGAGUGCUUACGUGCAGUCGUUUCUUGCUGCCUUGCGAAGGGACGCGUCUGUGGACUUCAAAUUUAGAGAUUUAAAUUCUCAUCCCGAGUCUGGAACUGAUGAGUUCUGUGACCGUGAGCAAGUCUCUUAACCUAGCUGAGCCUUAAUUUUUUUUUU